CCUUGGACGAAGCAAACGAAGCACAUGCUUGCGGCCUUUUGUUUUAUGAACGAAUUUUGGCCGCAAAAUUUUAAAAGUUCUUAAUAGUCUAGUGGUAAUGUUCUGUCCAAGUUGUGUUCAAUGACCCUGGAUCAAAUCUCCUAGAGACCACUUCAAGUUUUUUUUUUAUGUUUUUUUUUCAUUAAAGUGGCCAAUUUUUUUCCUCUUUGCUUCUAGUCCGUAAAUUUCUAGGACCGGCUCUGAUAAUACUGUUUGAUAUUAUAUUUUAAAAGGAAAACUAUUUCUUUAAAACAUCAAACUUAUUUUUUGUAAUUUUUUCUUUUUAUGAGUUAAUAUAUAACGUUUUAUAUUUUAUAAGUAUUUCUUUUUAUAUGUGUAAUUUAGAAAUCAAUAUAUAGAAAGGAUGCCAAAAUUUAAAAUCUAAGUAAACAUUAUCAAAAAUAUCUCUUAUAUUUUUUUAGAUAACAUUUAAAAGGUAAAAUAUUUAUUUUAAAACUCUUUUAAAUUAGAUAUAUAUAUAUAUAUAUACAUAUAUAUAUAUGUAAUUUGGAACAAACUAUAAAAUGGCAGUUAACAUUUAAAAACUAAUUUACAAAAUUUACCAAUAAAUAAAAUCAAAAUAAAUAUUUAGAUAAUGACAUUAGACAUAAUAUUUUAAUUUAUUGACAGUAUUUUUUAUAGUUAGUCAUUUUAAAAGUAAUUUGAGAAAGACAUGCGACAAACGGAUUUUUCAAAUAUUAUUCAAAAAAUAUUUACUUAGAAGCAUAAAAUGAAUCUCCAGAUAUUUAUAUUUAUAAUAUUUUAUUUAUCUAUUCAUAUUUUACCGUUGUUUUUUUAUAGUGUUUGUUUGUAAAAGAAACUUUUAUAUGAGGAAGACCGCCGAAGAAACACGUCAGUGAUAGCCACCAGAAGAAAUAUAUUAGAACUAUAAAACAAAAUAAAAAGGUUAAAAAAACAUACGAAGAUAAGAGAAAAGUAUAAUAGAGAUAACAAAUACAUGUAUGUAACUACUAGUUAACUAAUUUUCAAAAAAAAUCACUAUUACAUACCUAGACCAACAAGGUUGGUAGGUUGCAAAAACAAACUUCUCUAAUGCAAACAAAAACGUGUAGCAUUGGAAUGAUCGAUAAACUAGGACUUAGAUCUAGUUCAAAAAAAAAAAAAUAGGACAUAGAUGGCAUUCAUUUACUAAGUAUUCAAAUGGUGACCAACCACACUGUACCGCGAUUAAUAUUAACAAAAAUUUCUCUAUAUAUAUAUUUAUAUGUUUUUGUUACUAUUAAAACAAUACUAUAGUUAUUCCGCAAUUGUUUUACAUAUUACCAUUUUCAUUACCAUCUGGAAAGACAUAUUCAUACCAACACAUUUGGCAACAGAUGUGGGAUGCCUUAUAAUCCUAGUCAUCGUGGAUGUCAUAUCCUACUCACACCAACCCUUAAGUCACCGUGGAUGUCAUAUUAUCAUGCUAAAUGUCUAAAGUGUGAUAUGAUUAAGUAUGUCAUUGAUGUUAUAUUAGAUAUGUUUAAACCAUAUGAUUCAGUCUACAUAAUUUAAUGAUUUAUAUAUCUAAACAAACAGAAUGUGAUAUUUUCUCUUAUUUACAACGUUAUAAUAGAAAUUCAAAAAUGAAAUGUUAGUAUCAUAGAUAAGAACUUUUUUCUUAUGAAAGAUCUGUUGCAGAAUUGAGACAAAGUAACGAGAAAUUAUUGUGACCAAGACGCAUUAGUCCAAGUGGUGAAAAGGUUCCGGUUGGAAAAAUCGUUUCCUGGUUUUAAUUCACACUUAGGAGAACUAUUUACCAUGUUUAAAUUUCCGGCAAAAAAAUAAAACAACCGUUUAUUUUACCCAAAAAAAAAACGAGAGAUGCGUGGAAGAUUAGCUUAAGAGAUGUUUGCAGAGUAAGAACGAAAUUAUGCAAAGCCUACAGUAGGUUCAAAUAUUUGUAUACACGCGUAAUUAGAUAAUAGUAAUAUAGAAAACAAAAACAAAAUAACGUUGCUGCUAUAAGAAAUUGGAUGCAUCCGCAUAUUGUUUUUAAAGAAUACCUCUUUCCAUAUUAAAAUUUAAUUAUAACCUAUUUUGAGUUUAUAUUUAAUAAUACAAACAAAAUUCUAGGUAAAAAUAACAUAAAAUAAUAUGCACUAGAAUUUGAACUCCAAAUAUUUUAUAGUUUGCAUCGAAAAGUCUGCUCCAAACAAUCAGAGGAAAAAAUCAAUGAUUUCUUCAUCCAGGAAAAGAAAAUCAUCUUCAUUCCUCCUUGAUGGCUUUUCUAUUGAUCCACAUGUUUUAAAAUAAGGCGACCAAGAAUAAGAGGCAACCUCGGUAUUUUACCAGGAAGUAGCGUUGUGUUGAAUUAUAAACUUAUGGAGUCAAAGCUAAUAAAAUUCAGACUUUUUCUUUUCCUUCAAGGCUCUCCACACUGCUAUAUAAUCCAACUCCAAGUCCACAAACUCCUCACAAGUCACUACCAAAUUUUCAUCAUCUCGAUAUUGACUAGUGAUAAAUUCAGACGUUUUCUUUUAAUUUCUCUAAAACCGCUAAAAGAAAAUGAUGGUAAACAAGGUUAUUUCGGGUUCGAUUCUGUUUUUCAUAUUGGUGGGUUCAGUUCUUGUAGUGGAGGCUCGUCCGCUGGGUUUAACGAAGGCCGAAGAGAAGCUAGCAGCUAAAUUCUUUGAUGGUUUGUCACUUGGUGCGAUCAAGGACUCGGGUCCUGGCUCUGGUGGUGAGGGUCAUAAAUUCGUGGAUCGGAGUGAGCCGGUUGUAUAUGGUAAGUACUCUGGUCCCAGUCCGAGCGGACCGGGUCACUAAGUAAGGAACCAGUGGUUCCGAGUUCUGACGAAUUGGUUAAGGUGGCCACUUCGGUGUAGCUAGCUUCAAAAAUUGAUUAUUUCUUUAGUUUCUUUUUUUUGUUAUACCUUUCAGAUUAUUUAAUAAGGAUAUUUCUCCACCUUCACCAUACAAAUACAAUGGUGGAGAACAAAUUGGAGGAAACCAAGAAUUGGUAGAAUGUCAUUCUUUUCUCUGUAGUAUUGUUUUGUUUGUUUAAUGGUUGUAGUUUAUUUGAAAACAAUAAACAAUGUAAUAAAAUUCAUUGAUUAUUUUGUUUAAUAUAUAACUUCAUUUUUCACUUUUUGGAUAUUUUAAUUGUAUUACAAAUUAUAACAACAGUUAAUAACACACAAUUUCUGAAUUAACAAUCGUACUCUUUUCACAAAGAUUCACAAUAUGCAGAAUUUACAUGCAUCAUUCUAUGAUAGGAUAUGUAUCCUUAGACCUUAAUAUACGGAAUUAUGAUAAAUGUUUCUAGUUUAGAAAUUUCAUGUAUAGUUGUUUUUAUAAGUAUAAACUUGCAUCUGGGAAUCAAACUCCAAAUUUUAUGGUAUAACACUAAUUAACUGUUUGUUUGAUAAAAAAAAACACUAAUUAACUAUUAUGUUAAACCAUUAUAUUAAAAGACUUCCCACAACUGAUAUAUAAAAUUCAUUUAAAGUUAUAAGUUUAAUCUGUAAAAGACUAAUGCGCACAUAAAUAUAUAAACCUUGGAAACAAAAGUAUAUCAAUGGGCAGAUUCAUGUUAAAGCAAUGUCCAAAAUACAGUCAACAACAGUAAUAUGCAAUCCCGCAGGUAGAUUGAUAGAAGUGGCUGGUGAGAUUGGCACUCAAAAACUUGGUAUUGAAAGGUCUGCUUUGAUUUGUGAUGUAUGGGAUGGAGAUCGCUGGGCGUUUCGUCGAUGUCGUGACAUUAGGAUGCUAGACAUUAUCCACAUGAUCGAGAAUCAUCGCUUGGCAGAGGACCGUACAGCAGAUGAUAUUGUCUUAUGGAGGCAUAAUGAAACUGAGUUCCGUAACUUCUUCUCAACCUCAGCGACUUGGCAUCAGCUUCGUACGCACAUGCCAGCAACAUCUUGGAGCAAAGGGGUUUGGUUUUCUCUUGGAUUGCCUGCUUUCAUAACUUGGUUGGCAAUAAGGAAUAGAUUAUCUACUGGACACUCUUGAUCACUUACAGACUGGUAGGUUUGAACAGCUUCGCUUCAUCUUGUUGCCUUUGGUGUUUCAAGUCAGAGUUUAUAUGAUCUGGAGGGAGAGAAAUGAUAGAAAGCACUCUAAGAAACCCAGACAAGUUCAUCAGCUGGUAAAGGUCAUCGACAAGACAGUGCGGAAUAGGCUUUUGUCUAUUAGAUAUUGGGAGAAACCUCGUUUAAGGGGACUAAUGCAGUGUUGGUACCAAUCACACAGCUAGAUAGAUAGCUUAUUCUUUAUUCAAUUCAUGUACAUAAACUCUUUUUCAUAUGAUAUGAUGAUCAAUAAAUUUAACAUUUAAAAAAACAGUAAUAUGCAAUCUCAAUCGUGUUAACUUGGUUGAUCUCUGUUUCUCAAGUUCUAAUUCGAAUGGUUUGGUUUAUUUACGCCUUAAACCGAGAACUGCUACAAAGAGGUUGGCGAGAGUGUUUUUUCUUAGCAAAAAAAGGUGAACGAAUCUCUCUUGUUACCUUUAGUUUCCAUCAUGAUUUUUUUUUUUUUUAAAUGUUGCACUUGCUGAACCAUCUAGCUUUUGAUGAAUAUAAUUUUACAUUCAUUCAAAACAAAAAGGUUAUGAUUCCAUCAAUUUUCGAAAGCCCAUGACAAUUAUCGAAGCUUCCAAUGCUUCUGCAAGUUUCCAACAUUUUCAUCCAACAAUUUCAGAAAGCUUCCAGAACUUCUGGAGGAUUAAACGGUUUCAAGAAAAUGAAAGAAGUCGAUGAGAAAUCCACUGAAUAUAAUCAUGAUCUUUGGAUAAAAUGAGAAAAACUGAGUACAAUA